GGAUCUGAAACCGUCGGGUUGGGCCAGAGGCUCCAGACGAACCCACACGGACCGAGGCCGCGGAGUCCGACACACGGGUCCGACCCCCCGAAACCAGCAAACGCGUUAACCAGCCGCAAAAAGAGAAGUUCCGGUUUGUUUUUUUUGCAGCCUGCUUCUUCUCGACUUCCCCUCGUUGGCUCGCAGACACCAAUGCGGGAUAGUGAUUGGAGUUGACAAGCCCGCUCCACUACUGUAUCUACCCUCCUCCCCCUCCUCCUCCCCCCCGCUCCACACUCAACCAGGAAAUCGUCGAGGUGUGCUCUCUUUACGCCGCCAGUUGCUACCCCGUCUGCGGGUGUAGAUGCGCCUUUUCCAACCGCCGGUUGUUGUUGUUGUUUUUGUUUUUUUCUCUAAAUAAGUCCACCAGUUUGAGUGUCGCCGCCGGGCUUUGAGCCCUGAAGUCCGCCCCAACUUGCCUUCGAGGAGAGCGGAUCUCCACUGUGGCCGAACAAUGAGCGAGUCGAGUAUUUGCCAGGCUCGGGCCACUGUGAUGAUCUACGACGAUGGCAACAAGAAGUGGCUGCCGGCGGGCGCCGGCCAGCAGUCCUUCAGCAGAGUCCAGAUCUACCACAACCCUUCCACCAAUGCCUUCAGGGUGGUGGGGCGCAAGAUGCAGACGGACCAGCAGGUGGUGAUAAACUGCCCCAUUGUGAGAGGUCUCAAGUACAACCAGGCCACAAACAAUUUCCACCAGUGGCGGGAUGCCCGGCAGGUGUGGGGGCUCAACUUUGGCAGCAAAGAGGAUGCUACCCUGUUCGCCAGCGGCAUGGCUCAUGCUCUGGAGGUGCUAAACUCCGUGGCAGACGCAGUUUCAUGUCCGUCUCCACCGUACUCAGACUUUGCACAAUCGUCUGCAGGGGUGGAAAAAGGCUAUUCGACCCUUCCCCGCCAGGUAUCAAAUGGACCCACUCCAGAAGAGCUUGAACAACAGAGAAGGCUGGAGCAGCAGCGGCUGGAGCAGCAGGAACGAGAGCGUCAGGAGCGGGAGAGACAGGAAAGAGAGCGGCUGGAGAGAGAGAGACAAGCUGCUGCAGUCUCUAUUCCCCCAGCUCCACCGCUGGCCCCCUCAGGCCCCGCUCCUCCACCGGCCCCUCCUCCACCCCCUGGCCCCCCUCCGUCUGGUGGCAUCCCUCCCCCGCCUGGACCCCCACCACCGCUGGCCCCGCCCUUGCCCUCCCUUGUAGGAGGUGGAGGUGGUAUUAGUGGAGGAGGAGGAGGAGGCGGAGGCGGCGGCAAUGGAGGUGGUGGUGGUGGCGGAGGAGAUGACGAUGCUGGGGCAUUUGGAGGAGGGGGCUUGGCGGCUGCCAUCGCAGGAGCUAAACUCCGGAAAGUAUCAAAGCAGGAGGACGGAGCUCCUGCGACUCCAAUAGUCAGAGCGGACUCCAGCCGCGGCAGCAACUCCUCCAUCGGGGGAGGUGGAGGCGGCGGUGGUGGCGGCGGCGGUUUGAUGGGGGAAAUGAGUGCCAUCCUGGCGCGAAGGAGAAAAGCUGCAGAGCCUGGAGAGAAGCCCCCUUUGAAGACACAAGAUAAUGAUGAUUCAGAGCCUCAAGGUCAAGGCGACACCCAGAGAAGACCGUGGGAGAAAUCAUCCAUGACCAGGAAUAACUCCAUCCCCAAGAGCAUGGACUCCGCCCCCUCAUUGUCCCAGGGUUUCAGGCCGAAGACCGCGGGCAGCAACAACAAUGAUACAGGAGUAACGGAUGACUCGGAUUUAGAGAAAAUGAAACAGGAGAUCCUGGAAGAGGUUCGUAAAGAACUCCAGAAAGUUAAGGAGGAAAUUAUUGGAGCCUUUAUUCAGGAGCUGCAAAAGCGAAGCACAUAGUUCAGCUGAGUGUCAGGUGUAACAGGGAUGCGAUAGAUGGAGGUGGCUGAGGACUAUUGGGACCUCUCCUCCACGGCGCCCUCCCAUGUAGCCCAGGGAUUUUUUUUUUUUUCUCCUUCUACACAUUUUCUGUUUUCUUUCUCUAUCACGCAAACGCAUGUGAGCUUAUGUGUACAUCAUGCAUAUUCACUUCAUGUAAACGGUAACCCUCCCCCAUGCCACCCGGCACUUUUGAUGAUCAAUCGUUAACAUUGCAACGGUGAUCCCAUCCUCCCCCCCCCCCCCCUGUUCAUUCAUCCCGUCCCCUUGGGUCCUCCGUGUUCUGUUCAUCUGAACCAAUUCAGAGCACAUAGCUACGGCCACUGUCAUUCUCCCAAUUUGUCAUCAUGUACACUCAUCACAUCCCUCUUCUGCGGAUAUCCUGCUACUUGUGUCUUCUUCCUUCUAUCAGACGCACCAUUUACUGAUCUUUACAGUCUUCAGUAUUCAGGGACACUGUAUUAGUCACAUUUUUACUGUAAUAGCGAGAUGCUGGCAUGCUGAGAUCCUUUUGUCUUUCUCAGUUGGCAAACAAUUGUUUGACCUCAAGCACUGCUACAGGUAGUUGAGCUCAGCUCAGAGUUUAUUGUCUCUAAUGGUAGUUGGAGGUGGAAGAACAAUGAUCAGGGAUGGAUCGGAGACACCAACUCCGCGACGACUGCAGCGUCACUCAGCCGAGUGGACUUUCCAGCUCUAACUUACACGGCGCAACGCGAGCCGUCACUGCGGCAAGAUGGAGUUUGAGGAAGAGGAGACAAGCAAAAGGAAUCUGACGGACAACCUGUGUGCUGUGAAAGAGGAGUGUGUUGUAGUUUUAUGAUGUGUAAUAAAUGUUUUCUCUUUGCAUUGCACUUGUUCCAGGAGGAAGUGGGUCUGUGUGCCACACUGCCUUGACAGACAAUUCCCUCUCAAGAUGAGACGUUUGUUGGCCUGUGCAGUGGUCCCACACUGUGCUUCCGCUAGUUAAUUUCUUCCAUUCAGCUAUGUUUUCUAACCUUGAAACAUGAAAAAUGGCCAUGAUGAGGUCAAUUAAUUUGGCCAUGACCAACUGCCUUGAGAAUAAAUAUAUAAAUAUAUAUAUAUAUAUAUGAGGAAAAUAUAUAUUUGUUUUGAGGGGAAAAUGUUAGCAAAAAUUAAAUGGUGUUUCUAUUUUAAUCGAAAUGACUGGUGAAUGGGGAUUUUGUUUUCCUUUUUUCUUUUUCAAUGAUUGUUUUCUUAUGAGAUGUUAUUUUGGGUUUACUGUUUCUUUUUUCUAAUAGAGUCUAGGCUUUUUACACUGAAAUAAGAAAACAGCUUAGAGACACUGGAUUAGAAAUGCCUUCAUAGUCGAAUACAGCUGCUUCUUGAAAUGCAUUAAUUUGUCUCGAGUCAUCUUUUUGGAACCUGCUAUAAGAUUUCUGUCAAUUCAGACUACGGACAUUUUGCACUAACUUGCAUACAAAUAUUGUGGAAUACAUUGAACAAUUUCUGCCAUGUGGCUCAUGACUGAAUUCUAGCUUUAAUAUGACAAUAAAUAUGUGCAAACUGAC